UUGACCCAAACUACGCAGUGAAAAGGUGAUGUAACAGCGCGUAAGCAUAGACAGAACGGUGUUAUAGGAAACAAAUUAUAGUAGUUUCAGGAGUUGCUUGACACGAGUUAAUACUAGUUGAUAUGUCUAUAUUCACGCCAACUAAUCAAAUUCGCCUCACAAAUGUGGCCGUUGUGAGGAUGAAGAAAGGAGGGAAACGCUUUGAGAUUGCUUGCUACAAAAACAAAGUUGUGAACUGGAGGAGCGGAGCAGAGAAGGAUCUUGAUGAGGUUCUACAGACCACUAGUGUGUUUAUGAAUGUUUCAAAAGGACAGGUGGCCAAGAAGGAAGAUCUUGUUAAUGCGUUUGGAACAGAAGACCAAACUGCUAUUUGUAAAGAGAUUUUAGCAAAAGGAGAGUUGCAGGUAUCUGAAAAAGAACGCUCUGCACAGCUGGAACAGAUGUUCAGAGACAUUGCAACCAUUGUGGCAGAUAAAUGUGUCAAUCCAGAAACCAAGAGGCCAUACACAGUCAACCUGAUCGAACGAGCAAUGAAGGAUAUUCACUACUCUGUCAAAGCGAGCAAGAGUACAAAGCAGCAGGCCCUGGAAGUUAUCCGACAGUUGAAGGAGACCAUGAAGAUUGAACGUGCACAUAUGAGAUUGAGGCUCCUGCUCCCCCCAAAAGAAGGGAAGAAGCUGAAAGAGAAACUGAAACCCUUGAUAAAGGUUACUGAAAGUGAACACUUCAGAGAUGAACUCGAAAUUAUCUGUCUUAUUGACCCUGGCUGCUUCAGAGAGGUUGAUGAACUGAUAAGAUCAGAGACUAAGGGCAAGGGAACCUUGGAGUUGCUGAGUUUGAAAGAUGUGGAAGAAGGAGAUGAGAAACUGUAACAGCCUACAGAUGAUGGUGUCGAUCACUAAUAAGAAACUUCAAGACUCAAUACCAUGCUGUGUGGUGGUGUAUUCUUUUUUUGGACUUUGCCAAAAAUAUCUUUAAGCAAAGAAAUAUCUGACUAAGUUCCACAUUAAAUUAUUUUAACUUCACAGCAAAUUCUGCAAUAACAAACACUGUUUGGCUACUUGUAAACUAAAUUUGUUGUUUAGCAGGGAUUAGACACUGGCCUAAAACUGUUAAAUAAAAUUGUCUGCUGACACGUAUUUUAUUUAACUACA